CUCAAAGGUGCACAACCCCUUUAAAGGGAUAGUAUACCCCACUUCAGGCCCGGACUGGCCAUCUGUCCGGUCGGCAAAUGCCCGGUGGGCCUUUUUAAUUUUAGCUAAGUGGGCUGGGGAAAACCAGCAGCUGUCGAAUUGGAGACGAAAUCAUUGAAAAGAGCCGAAGAGGAAACCGCACAGGAUAACGAAGAAGACGAGGAGGAAGAAGACGUCUGUCAAAUUUUAGAGAUAAGUUUCCACUGAAAGCAAACUUUUAUUGGAGGGGGGGGAUCAGCCCAUGUUUUUUAAACUUGUAGUGGGGGAGCCUGGCUGCCAAUGUUGCACGUUUAUAUGUGGGCUGAUUUCUUUUGCCAGGACUUUUUAAUACCAGCCUUGGCCCAAUUCCUCCCCUCCCCCGCAACAUGAGUGCAAUGAAUAGGGCUUGUGCUGAUCAUACUUUUUCCCUUUUAUAUUAUUCCUUGAGCUAAACAGUGAAAUUAAAGCCCCUUCAUGCUUUGCCCUUGUGAGGUGAGUAGGUAGAUUCACUCCCGCGUACCUGUGUAAAGGACUGCUAUAUAUUUGAGCUAAGGGGAAAAACUUGUUGGGACUUGUUAGGACAAGUUCCAAUGUGUUGUGACCAAUGAACGAAAGUAUCUGAACAACUUCACUCAUACAGAAAAAAAAGUCCUGUGUACAUGCUGUUGCUAUGGAAAGCACUGCGUCUGAUGUAUUAUAUUCUCUGCAUUCCUGAAACAGUUUCUCCUACAUUCUUUCAGGAAUCAGAAAGAGCAGUGCAGAGAAUAGAAAGUGACAGGCUCAAGAGAUGCAAGGAAAGAGAGGGCAUGACAUGGGGCCAGGUUGAGGAGAUGAAAAUGAAAGAAGGAGAGAAAUUGGGGGGGGGGCUUUGACCAUACUCUUUCCCGUGACGCUGCCCUGGGGUUGACCAGCCUGUGACUCCUGAAGAUAUUGCUGAACUACAACUUGCAGAAUAGGGCUGGUGUGCUGAUCUGUUGCAGGGGUACAACAGCUCCUUGCAUUAAUUACAAUCUGUUCUACAGAUCAGUUCCCUCUUAGCAUUAAUGGGUAAGGGAGUAUUUGCCCAGAGGAGUUUAUAAUCUGUUUUACAGAUCAGUUCCCUCUUAGCAUUAAUGGGUAAGGGAGUAUUUGCCCAGAGGAGCUUACAAUCUGUUUUACAGUUCAGUUCCCUCUUAGCAUUAUGGGGUAAGGGAGUAUUUGCCCAGAGGAGCUUAGAAUCUGUUCUACAGAUCAGUUCCCUCUUAGCAUUAAUGGGUAAGGGAGUAUUUGCCCAGAGGAGCUAACAAACUGUUCUACAGAUCAGUUCCCUCUUAGCAUUAAUAGGUAAGGGAGUAUUUGCCCAGAGGAGCUCACACUCUGUUCUACAGAUCAGUUCCCUCACAGCAUUAAUAGGUAAGGGGGUAUUUGCCCAGAGGAGCUUACACUCUGUUCUACAGAUCAGUUCCCUCUCAGCAUUAAUAGGUAAGGGGGUAUUUGCCCAGAGGAGCUUACACUCUGUUCUACAGAUCAGUUCCCUCUUAGCAUUAAUAGGUAAGGGGGUAUUUGCCCAGAGGAGCUUACACUCUGUUCUACAGAUCAGUUCCCUCUCAGCAUUAAUAGGUAAGGGAGUAUUUGCCCAGAGGAGCUUACAAUCUGUUCUACAGAUCAGUUCCCUCUUAGCAUUAAUAGGUAAGGGAGUAUUUGCCCAGAGGAGCUUACACUCUGUUCUACAGAUCAGUUCCCUCUUAGCAUUAAUAGGUAAUGGAGUAUUUGCCCAGAGGAGCUUACAAUCUGUUUUACAGAUCAGUUCCCUCUUAGCAUUAAUGGGUAAGGGAGUAUUUGCCCAGAGGAGCUUACAAUCUGUUUUAUAGAUCAGUUCCCUCUUAGCAUUAUGGGGUAAGGGAGUAUUUGCCCAGAGGAGCUUACAAUCUGUUCUACAGAUCAGUUCCCUCUUAGCAUUAAUGGGUAAGGGAGUAUUUGCCCAGAGGAGCUAACAAACUGUUCUACAGAUCAGUUCUCUCUUAGCAUAGGUAAGGGAGUAUUUGCCCAGAGGAGCUUACACUCUGUUCUACAGAUCAGUUCCCUCUUAGCAUUAAUAGGUAAGGGGGUAUUUGCCCAGAGGAGCUUACACUACAGAUCAGAUCGCACAGAGCUGACAAUCUGACGGUGAGUGCAGGGAUCUUCAGUGAGAGUUAAGAAGUGACCCGCCGUUACUUCACUGAGCACUACUGGGGGGGGACGACUGAGAAGAUAUUUGGACUGAGAAGAUAUUUGGGGGGCGGAAAGAGAAUCAUUUUCCCGUAUUUUCGGGACUGUCCCAGUCAAUUCUGCUGAGUAGUUUCUGUGAGUCACCGUGUUGACCCUCCCAGUAGCGCCGUAUAUUACCUGCCGCCUCUCCGCCUGGGAGCCGCACUGAUUCAGAGGCAGAUGAUUUUGCAACGUAAUAAAAUGUGGGUCCGUAUGGCACACACAUCACUGGCACAGCUGGCACUUUGCUCUGUGAUCUUGGCCCUGGCACAGACUGGUCCUUCUGCGCUCACCUACCAGUGGAAAGACAGUGUCACCGGAGAGCUACUGAUCUGCAAUAAGUGCCAGCCGGGCACAUCGGUGGCAAAGCAUUGUACAUCCACUAGCCCCACUCAGUGCCAGCCUUGCCCAGACAACCACUAUACCCAGUACUGGAACUACCUGGACAAGUGCCGUUACUGCAACGUCUUCUGUGAGGACAGGGAGCGGGUAAAGCACGAGUGUAAUGCCACCCACAAUCGGGUGUGUGAAUGCCAACCUGGGUACCACCGUGGCAUCCAUUUCUGUGUCCAACACAAAGCGUGUGACCCUGGAUACCGAGUUUCACAGGAAGGUACUGCAGAAUCAAACACAGAGUGUGCCCCCUGCCCUGCCGGAACCUUCGCUGUUCAUCCAUCCAUGGAGAAAAACUGCCGACCCCACACAAACUGCUCUUCACUUGGCCUGGAGGUCAAUGUGCCUGGGACCACCCACCAUGAUACCCUAUGUACCAGCUGCCUGGGUCACUAUAAUCUCCAGGAAGUGAAUGCAGAAUGUGAUCAGGCUGUUCAGGAUUUUGUGGUCCAUCAGAAAUUCGGUCCCCGCCGCAUCAGGCGCCUCCAACAAAGCCUGAAUGGUCAAGACAAGUUGUUGAGGGAUGCAGAGAGCUACAGAAAACUUAGAAAUUCCCUGGCACAACUGAGGAACAGUCAACCAGACAAACCCUUUCUGCCAACACUCCUGCCAAUCCUGCGCAGAGCUGGACUGGGUCACUUGGAGGAGGAGUUACGGAUCCGCUUCUUGCAGCACCACGACAGCUUGAUGUAAGCAACGGACAGAUGGUUCUUUCUACAUUAAUGGGGAAGCAGUGUCAUCCUGUUGUGCCCCAGCUGUUAUUGAGCCUCAUCUCUAUGAAUCCCCUGUAAAAUACUGCACUCCAUGGACCGCACAGUCAUUCUCCCAGCACCAAAGCAGGGUUGUGUAUUCUACUGAACUUAAACCGGGUCUCCCCGCAAACCUCUUACUACUGUUUUGUAGAGACAGUCCUGAAAGAGUUGAAUGGUUUUAUAAGAAUAUGCUAUUUUUCUAUCAUAAUAAAAAUGUGUUUAUCAUAAUAUUUAUGAUAAAAUGUGUCUAUCAUAAUAAAAAAAUGUUUAUUUUGUA